CCCGCCGCCGAGGAGACGAGCGACGCGCUGCUGGUGCUCGAGGCGCUGGAGCCCGACGAGGCCGGCAGCGGCUCCGAGGAGGACCCGGGCAGCCCCGACGGGCAGGAGCCGCCGCGCGGAGCCGCCCGCGCCAACGGGAGGAGCGGGACCGGCCCCGGCCCCGCGCCGCCGCCCGGGGCGGGCUGCAGGAAGGGCUCGCUGCGGGUCCGCCUCCGCCGCCUCUUCCGCACCAAGAGCUGCAGCGGAGGCUCGGCCGCGGGGGACGCCGCCGCCACCGGGAGCCGCCACGCCGGGGACCUGCCCGCCUCGGCCGGGAGCCUGACCGACGUGUGCGGGGCCCGCGGCCGCGAGCAGGAGGCGGGCAGGAAACACAGACUGACAAGAACUCAAAGUGCCUUUUCCCCGGUUGUUUUCAGCCCCCUCUUCACAGGUGAAACGGUGUCACUAGUGGACGUGGACAUCUCCCAGCGAGGACUGACCUCCCCUCACCCUCCAACUCCUCCGCCUCCUCCACGAAGAAGCCUCAGCCUGCUAGAUGAUAUCAGUGGGACGCUGCCUACAUCUGUCCUAGUGGGUCCGAUGGGGUCUUCCCUGCAGUCUUUCCCUCUGCCUCCGCCUCCUCCACCCCAUGCCCCAGACGCCUUCCCGCGGAUCGUGCCCCUCCGGCCGAUGGAGACGGCGCCCAGCCAGCCCGCCCCGCACCUCCAGUGCCCGCUCUACCGGCCGGACUCGAGCAGCUUCGCAGCCAGCUUGCGGGAGCUGGAGAAGUGUGGUUGGUACUGGGGGCCGAUGAACUGGGAGGACGCAGAGAUGAAGCUGAAAGGGAAGCCGGAUGGGUCCUUCCUGGUCCGAGACAGUUCUGAUCCCCGUUACAUCCUGAGCCUCAGCUUUCGGUCACAGGGCAUCACCCAUCACACCAGGAUGGAGCACUACAGAGGGACCUUCAGCCUGUGGUGCCAUCCCAAGUUCGAAGACCGCUGCCAGUCUGUGGUGGAGUUCAUAAAGAGAGCGAUCAUGCACUCCAAAAACGGGAAGUUUCUUUACUUCCUGCGAUCCAGGGUCCCAGGUCUCCCUCCAACACCUGUCCAGCUCCUGUAUCCAGUCUCCAGGUUCAGCAACGUCAAAUCCCUUCAGCACCUUUGCCGCUUUCGGAUCCGGCAGUUGGUCCGGAUCGACCACAUCCCCGAGCUGCCGCUGCCCAAGCCCCUGAUCUCCUACAUCCGGAAGUUUUACUACUACGACCCCCAGGAGGAGGUGUACCUGUCGCUGAAGGAAGCUCAGCUCAUCUCCAAACAGAAGCAGGAGACCGAAUCCUCUACGUAGCGAGGCCGGCUCGCCCAUCGUGUUGCUGUCACUGAUGGAAUUUGGUUGUUGCCAUCCAGUAGCCCAAGUCAGGCAGUGGUGGGGACGAGGCACGUGAAGGUGAAGCCUGCUUCUGCGGUGUGACUUCUGCUCUCAAGCUCUUUUGUAGAGAGAAGAGGGUUCAAGACUCCUAAGAAGCACAGCAGAAGGGGACCAAGGGUCUCGGCUCCUGGCUGGGAGCGAGGGGGUCUUGGAGGCAGCUGAGCCCAGCUCGGGGACUCCUUGCAGAACAAAGAAUGUCACGGCACUAUGUUCGAUUUUUUGAAAGUUUUAUUUUUGAUGUCUUCAUUUUUUUUUUUUUUUGGGGGGGGGGGGUUAUUUUCAGCAUGAGAAAUACUGUCUUAUGAUCAGCUGAAUUUUAUUAUCCUCCCUUGGAAACUUCGAGGUGAGGAGAGAGAAGGGGACUCUCUGGGAAGAUGGCCUGCUCUGGGCCUGCUCUGCGGAGGUGAGGCAGCCAGGGAGCGGCUGGGAGGCAGCCCGAGCCAGAACCUGACGCAGUUCCGCAGAGCAGCCCCUGGGGAGCACGGGGCACGGCUCCCCUGCUCCCUGCGAUCUGGAGGAGGGGGCCAGGCCUCGUCCUGGGCAGCUGAGCUUUGCUACUGGACUUGCAGGAUGGCCUUAAAGCUGGGCCCAAGGAAGGAAAGGCCCGCGAGCCGUUCGGAUGUCCUGGAGCCUUCUGCCACGCGGCGCGGUUGCUGCUGCACCGGGGAGCAGGGGCUGCCCCUCCGGGGAGGCGGCGUUCCCCCGAGCAAACACUGGAAGAUCUCACCCAACUGUGAUGAGUGGAAGGAAGGUGGCAAAGCUGUCGCUGUCACUUCGGCAGCGGCCUGUGGACCAAAGGUACUCGCUGAAGUGAUCUCGGUCUGGCAGAGCCUCGGGACGAGCACUUUGAGCCUUUCUGCUGGCUGUCUCUAGAAGCUGUGAAUGAAGUGGCUUUCUACUGAGGUGUGAAGGGUCCCGAUCGGUGGCUGCUGGGGCGUGGAGGCGUCUCUGGGGUGACUCGGAGCAAGGAACAGCUGAGGGUUCUGGAGCUCGCUGCCUCCUCUCCCCGGGGUGCCCGUGGAGCCACCGCAGCUCAGGAACAGGACACCAGGCGAGACGGCAGCUCUUAGCACUGGCUGCAGCACCCACGUCCCUCAGUCCUGGUCUGCUGUUUCAUCUGCCACAGCAACUGCAAAGAGUUUGCAUUUCAUGGUGAAGUUUAAAGUUUGCCCGAAGCGAUGCUGAGGAGUCUCAAAGAAUCUUUUCUCCGGUAUUGAAACAAGCCUGUGUUCUUGGGUGAAAGAAACACCCAUCCUGCAGCCGGGCCUGAAAAUGUGAUGCUGUGUGUGGCCUGGGUCUGCAGAUGGGGUCAGUGCCCUGUGAGCUGGAUGUGGUUGUUCGGGAGCUGCUGGGACUUUGUUCUUGCCCCGCAGAAUGAUCUAUGUCCUUGAAUUAUCCACAGUCCUGUGGAUCUUAAAGCAGCCUUGAGAAAUCCUGAUUGUCUGCCUAUGCCAAGUGCUGCUGCAAAGGGUGCUAACUAAUCCUGGUCUCCCUUUCUUAACCACCGCCUCUGGCCUCGCUUUCAGUCUUGGAAAAA